UUUUUGGCUGAGGAGGACCUGCCCGACCCAUCGCGCCGGCCCAUUGUCGAGCACAUGGUGAUGGUGCACCAGAUGGUGCGCACUCAGUCGGAGGAAUUUUUGCAGCAGCUCAAGCGGUACAACUACGUCACGCCCAAGAACUAUCUCGACUUCAUCUCAAAUUACCGCUCGGUGCUCAAGGAGGAGCGGCGCAAGAUUGAUGGCUCGAUCCAGCGCCUCGACGGCGGCCUCUCCAAGCUG